GCGGUAGCAAGAGACCAGUUAGUCGAUCCAUCAGCAGAAGCAGCAUCCAGUGGCAGAUUAUUUGGGUAGUGUUGUGUGCCAAACUACAUUAUUCAUUUUUUUACCACCCAAGACUCUGUCUCUUUGUGCAUUCUUUCUUGGGAACUCGUGCUUUAGUGCCAGUGAUUGCAGAACGUGACUAAGGAUUAAUUGUGACAAGAGUGACCAGUGGCUUAUUCACGUCCAAGGGGGCUGAGGUUGCACAAGAAGGAAUUUGAUUGAAUUUUUCUCUCAGUAGUGGCACCCAAGAGGACGGUAGCUGCGGAGUGUGUGCUUGUGUUCGUGCGUGUAUUUCCAGCAUUUUGCUUCUUUUUUUCAGUAGCCGCAAGAGGAGUUGAGGACCGUGAAGUGUGGUGCAUGAAGUGGGAGUAGAACGUAGCUCCAACAAAGUUUAGUUCCUGUCGGUGCUGGUUGGUGGUAGCUUUGCAGCACAGAAAAGGCAGAGAGGAAAAUCCCUGAAGAAAAUCCAGUGCGACUAAGCAUAGGAAUUGCAACUCGUCUCUGUGCAGCAGGUGGGCGCAAGGUGUUGGGAAGACAAACAAAAGUGAGAAAAUAGUUUCAUCUGCCAGCGGAGUCGUGCCCGUGGUUUGAUGCACUUUCCCGAUUGCGAAGGAAGUCCCGGUUGGAAAUAGUAAAAGAAGCAACAAGCCAGGAUAUUCGAAGCGCGGGAUUGCGACAGUGUACGCGUGCUGCGUAUGUGUGAGUUUGUGCCCCGGUUUUAAGGAUAACUGUGUAAAGUCGAGACAAGAAACAUAAUUCCUGGAAAGUGUAGGACACCGACGAAAAUAGCUGGAAAACAGCCCCGCCUCCCUCAGACUACGACGACGACGACGACGACAAACACCGAAAACAUGGGAAACUUUGGAAUUCUUUUACCGCCAAAAUUGUUUCUCCGGAUGCUGGUGCUGCUCUUUUUGACUGUUUAUAAUGUCAAUUCACAAUACGCAGAUGUGAACCGCCGGUUGAAACCAUGCGAGCUGGAAUCGUUACUGCGGGAUCUCACCUACCCGGAGGAAGGCUACGAGAUGCAUGCCGCUGCCUUACGCAACCAGUUGCGACACAUUCUCGAAAGGGAACCCACCGACAGCGCCGGGUACCAAUCCCUGGACGAGUAUGGCACCUACGAAAAUGCCGGACCGUAUGAGGACAAACGCUCAUACCGUUCGCUCCUGCGGGAUGGGGCCACGUUCGGUAAACGCAACCUCGGUUCCCUGGCACGCGCCGGACUGCUGCGGGGUCCUUCGUCGAAUGACUAUCUCAAGCGCAGCAUUGCCACCCUCGCCAAGAAUGGUCAGCUUCCCGCUUCACGGGAGCCCGACUCGGAGGAAGCGGCCUCGUCCGGCGGAUGGAACGACGAAAAGCGCAAUCUUGCGGCGGCCCGUGCAUCGGGGUACAUGCUGAACGGAAAGCGUAACAUCGCAUCGUUGGCAAGAAAGUACGAACUGCCCGGCAAGCGGAACAUACAAUCGUUGCUGAGAAGCGGAAUGCUACCGUCGAUUGCCCCCAAGCGAAACAUGCAAUCGCUGGCACGCGAUAACUCACUGCCUCACUUUGCGGGAGCCACGGCUCAGGAGAGCAAACGCAACAUCCAAACGUUGGUACGCGACUGGAAUCUGCCCCGGCAGCAGAACGUUGGUGCUGAUAAUGAAAAACGCAACAUUCAGUCACUCAAGAAUUCCCAGGGUCAGGGCGGUGGAAGUGCAAACGGCGGCCGCAAGAAACGGGAACUAUACUACGAGGACGAAACGCUCGACGAUAGCACGCCGGAAAUUCUCGAACCCGUGUACCAAUCUUCCCCGCUGGACUACGAAGAGCUGAUGGAAGCGAUGAACGAGGCGUACCCGUCGUCGUACUACAACGGUCCCAGCGAUAACCAUCUGGAGGAGAAGAGAUACUUAGGUUCACUGGCACGUGCUGGCACUUUGCAUCGGUUUCACCGAUUCUACAAGCGCGUCCCCGCGGGAAGCUUCCGCGAUGAUGGCGAUGACGAUUCUGACACUAAUAACGGUGAAGAUUCUGAAACUCGUAAGCACACUUCUGAGGAUGUUCAAAAUAAUGAUGGUGAUGAUGAUGAUGACAAUGAUAAUGAUGAAGAUUUCGAACCGAGCAAUUCCGCUGGCCUGCAAUCGCCCCAGAAGCGACACCUUGCCUCGAUAAUACGUUCCGGUUGGAUGCCGUCAUUCCGGCCAGCGCGAACUACUGGCCGCUUCAGUCGGUCCGGGAGGGCGAGGUCGAGUUUUACUCCCAACCCGAGCGACUACGACAGCCUACCGCCGGCGUUUGUAGACGAUGCGACGGCACUAGCGACGGCAUCGGAUUUCGAGCAGCCCCAUCCUCAUCAUCAUCAGCAGCAGCAGCAUCCUCUCCCUUCAGCAGUUGGGGAGCUCCCGGUCUACAGUCCACGUGGGGUUCCGCGCCGCCCCGAGUUACCGCGCUACACUGGCGCCGCUUUCGAGAGCCGUCCGCGAACGUACGGCGGCGGUUCGCCCGAGGAGUUCCCCUACUACGACAGUUCCAGUGAGACAUCGGCCCGGCCGCUGAAUCCCUUCUACACGGAGGACGAGUUUCGCUGCGCUGCCCGACUGCGUAAGUUGCUCUACUACCUUAAGAAACAGUACUACCUGGACAAUAAGUACAUACAGUCCGUGUACGGGCACAACCCUGUAAGAUAUUAAAUGUCACACAAAUAAUUAGCCGCGGCAUUCGGACCGGUUUAUGUUUUACAUCAUAUGUAGGCAGGAAGAAACAAGCUGACACAGGACAAUAAUCUAUCGCUCGGUGCUCUGGAAACAGAACGCCGGGUCUGCUUGUAAUGUAGAAUAUUUUUAAACUAACUCAUAGCUACCCAAGGUGACGUUUCGAAUAUCAACUUCCACAGGAAGAAAACUGAUCGCUGAACGCAGAUGUGUUUGAAACUUAUUAUACACAUAUUAAAUGGACUCAACUAAGUCAACCAACAGAUCAGAUUAAGAGAAAAGGAGCCCCCCUUGUAAGUGUUUGUAUGCAUUUAUAUUGUAUUAAAGUGUAGAGACUUAGGUAACGAUUACUGGAAUUUUAAGAUGUAUUUAUCAACACAAAUAUGAUGCCAGGUUCUAACAGCAAGACCGAGGCGAAGGACGACAAGUCCUCCUCUUGAUCAGCUUCCUCCCAGCGGAGCUAAUAUGGCGCAAAACCAAACCGUACAUAUUGAACAAAAGAAGAAUAUAACCAAAUAUCUCUAUUCCCCAUAUCCUUUCCUUCAUAUCAAGUUGACAACCAAGGAAAACUGAACACUUUUUCUACACCUUAAGCCACUAGCAAGCAAGUUAUAUAUCUUCCUCUUCCCCGUUUUCGACUAACCCUAUUGUAUGAAAUUUUAUCCACGUAAAUUUAUAGACUUUACAGAGUGUAUACAGGAUCCAGAAACAUAGUUAAACGAAAAACAAUAAUCUCCGAACAAAUACCAAUGUUAGGCGAAGCAAACAGAUCCCGUUUUGGAACCGAGCCGCGCUAUGGUUGAUACACAAAUUUAAAUAAGCUUCGCAACGGCUCUUUAGCGUGUCCAAAAGUGUAAUUUACAGAUGAAUUCUUUAUUGCAGUGC